UGGGGCUCGGUUCCUGCUCCGCUUUGGGCUGGGCGCCUCUCUCGGCGGCGGCCGGGGCCUGUCGGUAGGAGCGGAGGCCCGGGCCGAGGCGGGCGCCGGUUACCGGCGGUGCGCGAGGAGAGAGGGGCUGCCGCGGUCCGGGAACGGCCUGGCGUUAGCCGGCGCCGCGCCGGUCUCCCGCCAGCGGUGCGCCGUCAGCCGGAUCUCUGGAAACUGCUGCCUGGAAACACCUGGGAGAUGCUGAGGAGUACAGUGGGAUUUUAAGUACAAAGUAAUUUAAGAUAAUAUGUAGUUUAUUUAUAUUAUUGUAACUGAUUACACAUUAUUUUCCUCAGUUAAACUAUAAGCAUGAAGAAAUUAAAGCUUAAGGAACUGGAAAGCUGUCUUCAACAAGUCGAUACUUUCGAAAGUCCAAAACUGCUCCUUGAACAGUAUCCAACAAGACCUCAUAUCGCAGCAUGUAUGCUUUAUACAAUUCACAAUACUUUUGAUGAUAUUGAAAACAAAACAAUUGCAGAUUUAGGAUGUGGUUGUGGCAUGCUCAGCAUUGGAAGUGCAAUGUUAGGAGCAGGAUUGUGUGUGGGGUUUGAUAUAGAUGCAGAUGCACUGGAAAUAUUUAAUAGCAAUAUUGAAGACUUUGAGCUCACGAACAUCAACAUGGUUCAGUGUGAUGUCUGCUCUUUAUCUGACAGCAUGUUGGAGACUUUUGACACAGUUAUUAUGAACCCUCCCUUUGGUACCAAGCAUAAUAAAGGAAUAGAUAUGAUUUUUCUGAAAACUGCUUUACAAAUGGCGAAAACAGCUGUAUAUUCCCUUCACAAAACUUCAACACGGCAGCACAUUCAAAAGAAAGCAGAUGAAUGGGAAGUGAAAAUGGAAGUCAUAGCAGAACUUAGAUAUGACCUACCAGCAUCAUACAAGUUCCAUAAGAAGAAAUCAGUUGACAUUGAAGUGGAUUUCAUUAGAUUUUCUGCCAAGAAACUCCUGAACUGAGGCAUGUCUUUAAAACCUAUUGAAAAUGGAACAAUAAAAAAAAUUUUUUUUUUUAAAUU